CAAAACCAGUCAAAGGAAAAGUUGUUCCACAUCGGCAAGAACCCAAAUAAGGUUUCUAUGAAAAUUGACAGUCGAAUUCAGAACAGAAUAAACCAAUUUUUUAACAAUCAAGAUGCAGGCCAACUUAUAAAGAAUAGAAGUGAAAACAAUGAAGCGAGUAGGUAAGAGAUCAAGAACCAAAUGUUUGCAGAGAACAGAGGUUAUGAGGCUAAUGAUCGGUCUGAGACUGACAAUAUCAAAGACCCUCCUUCUGAUAAGAUUAGGCACACUAUUGUUUUACUUUAUUUAGAGUUUUGUUAUGAAAAGUGCUGUUAGGUAAUAUUCUAUGAGGAAUGAUUCAGGCUUUGGCAAGUUUUCUUCUUUAUCUGAUACAGAGAUUAUUGCAAUAAUCUCUGUAAUUGAAUUAGAAAUUUUUUGAUUAGCUUCUUUCUAAAUUCAUUUACAAUAAAUGGUUGAUAACAUAUGAGUCUAUGUUAUUUGUAUUACCCAAGCUUAAUCGUUAUGGGAUGAAGGAAUGGGCCUUAUGGAUUACUACCAAAUUUUGAAGAACACUAAGUUCUUACUCUCUGACUUUCCUCUUCUUCAAGAGCUGAUAAAAUCUGACAAAGAUCACAACAUUUAAUUGGCUGUAGUUGGAUUAAGAAAAUUGCUAUCUCUUUUUGAAAAUCCCCUUAACCAACGUAUAGUUGAUGCAGAUCUGCUGACCCAGCUAAUUGCUCUGGUUAGUAGGAAUGAUUUUCCUACAAUUCAGUUUGAAGCUCUGUGGUGUCUGACAAAUAUUGCUAGUGGCAAAGCAGAGCAUGUCAAUGCUCUUGUUGAUAAAGGAAUCAUUCCUAUCUUAAUCAGCUUUCUUGGGACCACCCAAGGUAAAGAAGAUGAAACUAAGACUUAUCCCUACCUUGAUUCACAUAAAAUUGUUGAGCAGAGCAUCUGGGCUUUAGGAAAUAUUUCUGGUAAAGAUGCUCACUAUAGAGCUAAGAUUCUAAAAGAAGGAACUUUGAAGCCACUUGGUAAUAUUCUUCAGAAAGCUGAACCAAAUACUACCCUUAUAGAAUAUUGUAUGUGGUGUGUCUCUAACUUUUUGAGGGAUAAGCCUUUUCCAAAGCUUGGAGAGCUGCUCUAUCUUAUCAACAAUAAUCAGUGAAUGCUUGAAGACAAAUGAUAAAAAUUAGAUUCUUUCAAAUAGUAUAUGGGCUUUGUACUACAUCUCAGAGGUUGGGAAGAAAACAAAUUCUCUGAUUAUUUAGUGGGGACUCAUUGAAAUACUUAAGCCUUACCUCAAGCAUUCCGACAAUAUCCAAAAACAUUUGGUGAAAAUGGGGUGAUGCUACCAUAGUUCUGAUAUGAGUAAAAAACAUUUGUGACUUGGUAUUGAGAGAAGAAAGUGAAAUUCAGGUUGCUAUUAAUGCUGAGAUGUUGAAUCUUUUUUAUGAAUUGUUAUCUCAUCAAGAUGAAACUAUUGUCAGAACAGCUUGUUGGGCGUUAUCCAACAUUUGUGCUGGUUUGACUAAGCAUAUCUCAAUCUUGAUUGAAUUAGGAACCAUUGACAAACUGAUAGAACUAAUCAAAGCAGAUGAGUAUGGGAUUCUAAGUAAAGCUGGCUGGUGUAUCUCUAAUGCCACCGCACAAAAAUAAUGCAAAAAUUGUAGAAAAAAUUGUCAGCAAGAAAGGAAUCGAAGCAAUGUGCUACUUAUUAAAAUCUAAGAUUAAAGUUAAAGCUGCGAUAAUUCUUCUAGAAGGAAUAAAAAAUUGUCUUGGUAUUGGCCAACAAAGCUUCAUCAAUGAGGAAGGAUUCAACGAGUUCGCUUUAAUAUUUGAAAAUUGUGGAGGUUUAGACACAAUAGAGAAAUUUUAUGCACAUGGAGAUCAUCUCAUUUAUCAGCUCGCAGAAGAGAUUAUUGAGUCAUACUUUCUAGUUGAUGUAAAUCUUGAUGAAGACGAAGUAGACAUUACCCAACAAUUUUAAGUUUAUUUAUUAUGACAGAGAUUCUAGAUCAAGAAUAGAAAACUUACAUUGAUUAGAUAUUUUUCUCACUCAUAUUCUUGACCCUUAAAACAUCUCAACUUCAAAUUUAACAAAUAAA